AUGGGGAGAUCAUCUUUUCUCUUGACAGUCUUAACAAUUCUCAUGUCUCUUUCAACUGGAAUAUCAUCACAAUCACCCGUUCAAAAUUUCCUCAAUUGUUUUUCUCAUCAUUCUCAUGCUUCUAAAGUUAUCUACACACCAAACAACACCUCAUUUUUAACCAUCUUAAAUAAGAAAAUGUUUCACAAAAAAUUUCAAACAGUAACAACACCAAAACCUUUGGCAAUUAUAGCUGCAAAAGAUGCUUCUCAUGUCCAAGCAACUAUUAAAUGUGCCAAAAGUAACGAUAUCCAAAUCAGAAUUCGAAGCGGAGGCCAUGACUACGAAGGUUACUCAUAUGUAUCAGACGUGCCUUUUGUUAUACUCGACAUGUUUAAUAUCAAUUCAGUUGAUGUCAAUUUACAAGAAGAAACAGCAUGGGUUGAUUCUGGAGCAACACUUGGUAAGAUUUAUUAUAACAUUGCAAAGAAAAGCAAUUAUCUUGCUUUCCCAGCUGGGGUUUGUUUUUCUUUAGGUGCUGGUGGCCAUUUUUCUGGUGGUGGGUAUGGAAAUUUGAUGCGAAAGUAUGGUCUUUCUGUUGAUAAUAUAAUUGAUGCAAUAAUCGUUGAUGUCAAUGGUAACAUCUUGGAUAGAAAAUCAAUGGGAGAAGAUCUCUUUUGGGCUAUAAGAGGUGGUGGUGGUGCUAGUUUUGGUGUUAUUCUUUCAUGGAAACUCAAAUUGGUUCAAGUACCUUCACAAAUUACUGUUUUCAAUGUGAAAAGGAACGUGGAUGAAGGUGCAACUGAUGUUGUUUACAAAUGGCAACUAGUUGCACCAAAAUUGCAUAAAGAUCUUUUCAUUAGAGUGCAACCUAAUGUUGUUCAAAUUGGUAAUGAGACAAAAAAUGUAGUGCAAGUUAGUUUCAUUGGUCAAUUUUCUGGAACAACCGAAAGACUUUUACUUUUAAUAAGUGAAAGUUUUCCUGAAUUAGGUUUGAAAAAUAGUGAUUGUUUUUCGAUGCCUUGGAUUAAUAGCACUCUUUUUGCUUAUGGUCGACCAAUUGGUACUCCCCUUGAAGCAUUGUUGGAGGGACCUCAAGCAGGUUAUUUCAAAGGUCAAUCAGAUUAUGUGAAGAAGCCUAUUUCAAAGAUAGCUUUAGAGUCUAUAUGGAAAAAAAUGAUUGAAGGGGAGACUUUGUUUAUGCAAUGGAAUCCUUAUGGUGGAAGAAUGGGAGAGAUAUUGUCAUCGCAGACUCCAUUUCCCCAUAGAGCUGGAAAUUUAUUCAAGAUUCAGUAUUUUAAUAGUUGGAUUGAUGGAUCUUCUGAAUCUAUUGAACGUCAUGUGAAUUUUUCAAGAUCUUUUUAUAAAUUCAUGACACCAUAUGUUUCACAUUCUCCAAGGGAGGCAUUUCUUAACUAUAGAGAUGCAGAUAUUGGUGCCAAUCAUCCAAGUAAUACAACAAAAUUUGACAUUGCUAGAAUUUAUGGAAGCAAGUAUUUCAAAGAGAAUUUUGAAAGGUUGGUGAGUGUGAAAACCAAAGUUGAUCCAAAAAACUUUUUCAGAUAUGAACAAAGUAUACCUACAAGGACAUAUUAA